UUUGAAUUCGUGCUGCCCACUGAUCAAGAUAUCCUGCUUGAGAAGCAUGAUGAUAUGGAUAUUUUCUCAAGAAUUCUGGAGGCAAACAAAGAGAUCAGUGACAUGCUUCUGGAGGGAGAUAUGGCCUUACCCAAAACAAGGAAUGCCAUGAAAUGCUUGAAUGACUACUGCAAAUGGCCAAAAUCCCCAUCUGGACAGGUUGAAGUGCCAUACACCAUUGCUUCUGACUUCUAUGAUGAUGAGAAGGCAGUGAUUGAAAAUGCAAUGAAGAGCAUCGCUACAAAAACCUGCGUCCGUUUUGUGUUGCGAAAGAAUCAAGUGGACUACAUCAGCAUUGAAAAUCUAGUAGGCUGCUCGUCUGCUGUAGGGAGAUCUGGAGGUAAACAGCAGUUGUCUCUGUCUGUGGAUGGCUGUGUUUCUCACGGGAUCAUUGAGCAUGAGCUCCUCCAUUCUCUGGGGUUCCACCACGAACACACCAGGAGCGACAGAGACCAAUACGUCCAGAUCAACUGGCAGAAUAUUCCACAAGCAUCUGCAUACAACUUUCAGAAGAAGGACACAAAUAAUCUGAAUACCCAUUAUGACUACAGCUCCAUCAUGCAUUAUGGAAGGACUGCCUUCGCCAUACAGUAUGGCAAGGAAACCAUCACUCCAAUUCCUAACCCUUCAGUGCAGAUUGGACAGAGAAAGGAAAUGUCUAACAUUGACAUUCAGAGGAUCAACAAGCUCUAUGAGUGUGCUCUUUAAAGUGAACACAGAAGAUCAAACCCCAGUGAAAUACAGACUGUGA